UUUGAUGAUUUAUGGAGCAUAUGCCAGAUUCGUUGGAUGAUUGUUAUAUAAGCAAUGCCACGACUCCAUCUCUUUCUUUCAACACCCAACAUUCCACCUUCCCAAAGCACUCAAUGCACUCUACUCUCUUGCGUUCCCAACUGCUCCUGCUGCUCCUCUUAGCGCUCGGCCAUGUCGUGGCCGGAGAGGGCCAGUUCAACGACCUGUUCAUAAUAUUCUUCGUAAUAUUCAUCCUCGUUCUGAUGAUUUUGCUCUUGAGUAUCCACCGAUUCUGCUGGAAUCUACAAGAGCGUGAGAAAGUGAAGGAGAAGUCCAUCGAAGUGGUGGAGGAAGGGGAAGCCGAGUUCUGCCGGGCUAGUGAUCAUGCAAGAAGCAGUGGCGAGAGUGACCAGAAGGACGCGGUGAUAGUUCAGGAGCCAGGGAAGAUAACGUUCACCAAAGGUAUGGGCGAUUUCAAUCUCACCGAUCUCUUUCAAGGGUCGGCAGAGGGGUUGGGAAAGGGAGGAUUCGGAAGCUGCUACAAGACGAAGCUGGAGAACGACAAGACGGUGGUGGUGAAGAGACUAAGGGACCUUGGACCAGUAACCAUGGAAGAGUUCAUGAAGUAUAUGAGAUUUCUAUCUUCCAUGGAGCAUCCAAAUCUACUACCUCUGCUUGGUUACUACUAUUCCGCUACUGAGAAGCUGAUGAUCUCCAACUACGCGAGCAAUGGCAACCUAUUCUAUCGCAUCCACGGAAGAAGCGCCGACAGAAGUCCAUUCACCUGGGCCUCGAGAUUGAAAGUAGCAUAUGGAGUGGCCCAGGCAAUGGAGUUCCUGCACAGGAAGAUGAAUGGGGCGGCCGUUGUUCCCCAUGGAAACUUGAAGACAUCAAACGUUCUUCUCGGUGAGAAUGACAAGCCACUGAUUUGUGACUAUGGGCUUCUGCCUCUGGUGUCCCCGUCCCUUGCGGUACAUAGGAUGGUGUGCUACAGGUCGCCGGAUCACCAGCAGAAUCAAAUGGUACUGUCGAAGAAGACGGACGUGUGGAGCUACGGUUGCCUCCUCCUCGAGCUGAUGACCGGAAGAAUCUCGAUGAACUCUAAGAUGGGCGGCAUCCAUGGCAUCCAUCUCUGCCAUUGGGUUAACCGAGCAGUGCGCGAGGAGUGGACGGCGGAGGUGUUCGACAACGAGAUCCUGAAGAAUACGAGGGAGUCCAAUGGAAUGAUCAAGUUGCUGAAGCUUGCUCUGUGGUGCUGCGAAUGGUCGCCGGAGAAGAGGCCGGACAUGGGAGAAGUUGUGGCUGAGGUUGGGAUAAUAAUGACGGGCCGGUUGGAUGCAGAGAGCGACUCGUCGUAUAUCGACUCGGUUUAAUUCGUUGCGUUGAAAUCGUUGUUUAUCGUGAAUUAAUGAUAGCUGUAAAUAACAGAUGAGAAGCAUCCUCUGUAAUAAUAUGCAACCGGUGCCAUGCUCUUGUAUGAUCGACUGUGG